AUGGAAUUUAAAUCUCCUAUGAAUAUGCAAAAAAAACAUUAUCAUAAUGAAAAUUCAUUAACAAAUCCAUAUUAUAAAGAGAUAUUUCAUUCAAGAGAAUGUAUUCCAACGAAUUUACCAUUAUUACAUAAUAAUAAUAAUAAUAAUGAUAAUAACUUUACUUAUCUAAUGACAAUGAGUGAUAAUACUAAUUUUAAUCAACAUUUUAAAUGUGAACCAUCAAUGAUUCAAUCUGUAUACCCUUCCAUAGAAAAUCAAUUCAUACCAUCGUCAUUAUUAUUAUCAUCAUCAUCAUUUACAUUGGCAACAUCGUUAGCAUCGUUAGCGACGACAGCGUCAUCACCAUCAAUACAGACACCAAUUGUAAAUGAAGUGAAAUAUUCCAAUCAUUUGAAUCACAUACAACAUUUUAAUUCACAAAUGAAAUCCCCAAUGUAUGAUUUAAAGCCUACAUCAAUGUAUCAUUAUCGUAACAAUACUUGUGUUAAUAAUAAUAAUGAUAAUAAAUUUUCGAAACACACUGAUGGAUCAAGUUCAAUAACCUAUGGAUUAAUAGAAACGGUGAAUUCUAAGAAUCCAGCUUUAUUAAUCCAUAAUAAACAAACUUUAAUGAAACGUAAUAAAAUUUAUAAAAAUACUGAAUUGAAUGAUACUAUUAAUUGUAAUUCUAGUGUUGAAGAAGGAGAUGAUGAUGAUGUUGACGGCAAUGAGAAUAAUGAUGAUGAUGAGGAGGAGGAGGAGGAGGAAGAGGAUGAUAUCAAUGAUACAGUUGAAGAGAGUGAAGAUGUCUCCUCCAGCAAUUGUACUGAUGAUAUUCAGCAUUUAUGUCAAGUAUGCGGUGAUCGAAGCAGCGGUAAACAUUAUGGUCAGUAUACAUGUGAAGGGUGUAAAAGCUUUUUUAAACGUUCUGUACGUAAAUCAGCCAAUUAUGUAUGUAGAUCUGGUGGACAAUGCCCAGUCGAUGCACAAAGACGUAACCAAUGUCAAGCAUGUCGUUUAUCACGUUGUUUAUUAGCUGGUAUGAAAAAAUCUGCUGUUCAACGUGCACGAGCUAAUACACAAACUUAUUUAUGUUCAACAACACCAUAUUCAUCUUAUCCAGUUAUUGCAGCUGCAGCAGUUGCUGCCGCUGCUACCGCUUAUCUUCAUGGAACAGUAACUAAUCCUACUCCUCCUACCCUUACUCCUACUACUCCUAUUAAUAAUACUACUAAUGAUACUACUAAUAAUUUUAUAUUAAAUUCUACAUUCACUGAUCAUUACAAUAGAUCAGAUCCAAUCAAAUUAUCAAAUGUAUAUAUCCCAACAACUAGUCAAUAUAUGACCACUUUAAAUGAUAAUAUGAAUCCUUUACCUCAACCAUAUUAUGAACCAUACGAGAAUACAUUGAAUACAUCGAGUAUACACUAUUCAAAACUAUAUAAUCAGCCUAUUUAUACAAGAAGAUCUAUAUCAACUCAUUCAAUGAAUAAACCAAUAGAGAAUAUCGUUACAUCUUAUUUACCAUUUCAUAGUCAUACGAGUAGUAAUAAUACUUCAUCCAUGUUAACCUACGAUGAUCAAUCAUCCAUAUUACAUCAUCAUCAUAAUCAUUAUGCAACACGUUUAAAUCUACCACAAAAAUCAUCUACCACUACUACUACUACUACCACUACUAUUACUAUGACUACUACUACUACUACCACUACUAAUACUACUACUACUAAUAAUAAUAUUAAUCGUAUGAGAUGUGAUUUAAAUCAAGAAUCCAAUUCAUUUAGACAACCAGAUUCAUCAUCAUCAACAACAACAUUAGCAUCAUUCACAUCAACUAUACAUCGACAAACUAUUCAUUCAUUUAUCAUAGAUAUAAAAAAAACAUUAGAAGAAUGGAUACUUAUAAAAGAUAUAACCUAUUCAAUAGAUACUACUACUAAUACUACUAUUACUACUACUACUACUUAUUCAAAUUAUAAUUAUCAUAUAGAACUAAUGAGAUUAUGGUCAAAUAAAUUAUUAAAACAAAUCUCAAUCAUUUUAAAUAGAUUACAUUCAUUUAAACAAGUAUGGAUUCAAUGUUUCAAGAAUAUGGCGGGAAAUUCCAAUCCAUUUCAUAAUGAACAUGAAGAAGAAGACGACGAUGAUGACAGCGUCGACGACGACGAAGAAGACUAUUUAUGGAUAAAUGAAUUAAUUUCACAAAUAGAAUUCUAUGAAUUACAAGAAUAUGAAGUGAAAACAUCAAUUCAAUUAAAAAGUAUUACACCAAUACCUGAUACAACUCAAAUUAUUAUAUGUGAAUUAAUAGAUAAAGAAUGUGAAUUAUUAUUGAAUCAAUCAUUGCCAACACUUAGUUUAAUGCAUAUUUGUCAAUCAAUUCAUAAUUAUCAAACUGAAGAGAUUAUAAUUGAACAGAUUAAAUCUUUAAUUUACUUCAUUCAUCGUCAUCCUUCUCCUCCCUCUCAUCAUCAUCACCAUCAUCCACCUCCUCCUCCUCCUCAUCUUCAACAACAACAAGAACAACGGCAACGACGACAACAACAACAUGAUACUUCCAAAUAUUACAAACCAUCACCUAUCACAUCAAGUCUCUUAAAUGAUUCUUAUACUAAAUCAUUUGAAUUAUUAAAAUAUACAAUACAUAUGAUGUUAAUCAAACAUAUAAUUCAUAAAUUAAAACAACAAUUACAUCAUAAUAAACAAGUUACCAUAGCAACAAACCAUUGGAUAUUGACAUAUCGUUUAACUCAACGAAUUUAUAAUCUUUUACAAAUUUCUAAUGAAUUAAUGAAUAUACAAAUUUAUCAAAAUACUACUGAUAAACAUUUAAAUUAG